AUGUAUCGAAAAGCAAAUAUGAACGGACAAACGAAAAUGAUCAUCAUUACGUCGGAUGAAGAUUUAAUUCGGCAAUUAGCACUGAACAAACGGCCAGACACGCGUAUUGUAGAUCUAGAUCGUCCAAACCAGCAUCUCGGAGCGAAUCCAAAUGAGAACGAUAUGAUAGAUUUGGCUGUUCUAGCAGAACUUUCCACACACGAUUCCAAGAGUGAUCAAGUGUACAAACGAGCCCUGGAUUCUUCACAUGAAAGUCGUUCAAAGCAGGCGAGACCUUCGCGAAAAUCAGCAGAUUUAAUAUGUGCGAUUUGCGGCGAUCGGGCGGUUGGAUUUAAUUACGAUGCUCUGUCAUGCGCAUCAUGCAAAGCUUUCUUUCGUCGGAAUGCUAAUCAAUCUCGAGAUAAAUUACGUUGUUACACGAAUCAAGGUCGAUGUUCAGUGUCUCAUGAAACUCAUCGAAAGUGUCCUCGCUGUCGCUUGGAUCGCUGUUUUGAAGCUGGAAUGCGGAAGGAUUUUAUAUUGAGCGAAGAAGAAAAACAACGACGUAAGAAACGUUUGGAAGAAAAUCGAAAUGCGACAGAAAAACAAAAUUCGUCGCCACCAUCUCUCCCAGCAAAUGAGGAACCGCUCGAUGAUAUCGAUCGUUUAUUGUUGAAUUUAAGCGAACCAAAUAGUGCAGAUUCGAUUGGAAUAGAAAGUCUUUUAUUUGAUACCUUAUCGAUUGAAGACUGGCUCGCCAUCGAAAGUAUCCGAUCAUCAUUCAUAGAGACGUUUAAAAAUGUACAACAGCCGUUUUGCGCCGGCGACGUAUUUGAUCGUGAUUCGGCACUUGUUGCAUGGUCACAUAAGACUAGUCAGAUGUCUCUACAUUUUAUCGAAUUCUUCCGUCACAUCGAGGAAUUCGAAAAUCUCUCCUACCCCGACGAUCGAUUUCUCUUGAUCAAAUUCAAUAUUCUCUCAGCUUUCUCCGUAUAUAAAUGUCAUAUACACGGAACAGAAGCUCUCAGUUGCACCCCCGAACAAGAAGAGAAGCAUCGACUAUUUUUCGAAUUAUGUGGCGAUACAGGUGGUAUAAUGAAGGGGUUUAUCGAGAUAAAACUUAUACUUGUUCAAUUAACGAAUCAAGAUCCAGCCGUCCUGGCACUUAUUAUGGCCAUUAUACUUUUCACAGAUCAUCUAGCUAUGGACGAAAAACAACCCUCGCUAAAUGAUCCAAUAGCUGUUGGUCGUGCACAAAUCCAUUAUACAAAACUUCUUUGGAAUUAUGUCGCGAAUAAGCAAGGCGAAGCAAAAGCGCAUAAAUUUUUUAUUGACUUGUUAGCCAUUAUGUUUCGUAUUCAAGUUUUGCAAAUGGCUUGGCGAUUAAUUUGUGAUCGUGGACGGCAACUUUGGAGAUAUUUCCAAGACGAACCAGCAGUUUCAAUUGACUACGACGAAGAGAAUCCGAAUUCAUCGGAUAAAAUCUAUCAUCAAUAUGAUAAAUUACGAAUUCCAACAUUUCAAGAAGAACUUUCGGCAUCGGUCGUCAAAAGUAUUCUAAGUGCUGUUAACUAUUAUUCUGCAUUACAAGCCGAAGACGGACAUUGGCCUGGCGAUUACGGUGGUCCGAUGUUUUUAUUACCCGGUGCUGUUAUUACAUCGUAUGUAACUAACUUUCAAUUUACUGAAGAACAAAAAUAUCAGUUAAUUCGAUACCUUUUCAACCAUCAGUUACCGAACGGUGGUUGGGGAACGCAUAUUGAAAAUAGAUCAACUAUGUUUGGUACAGUUUUAAAUUAUAUAUCGUUAAGAUUAUUAGGUGUUCCAUUUACUAACGAACGAUUACAGAAAGCACAUCAUUUUAUUCAAUCGGAAGGAGGUGCAAUGUAUGCACCGAGCUGGGCAAAGUUUUGGUUAUGUGUUCUCGGUGUAAUGCCAUGGGAAGGUGUAAACUCUCUGUUUCCUGAAUUGUGGUUAUUGCCUGAAUGGCUACCCAUUCAUCCAUCUCGAUACUGGUGUCAUUGUCGAAUGGUUUAUGUACCAAUGAGUUAUGUUUAUGCUGAAAAAAUCGUUGGAGAAAUCACUCCGUUAGUGAGAGAAUUACGAAAAGAAUUGUAUGUGGAAAAAUACGAAAGUAUCGACUUUACCAAGCACCGAAAUUCGAUUAGUGCAUUGGAUUUGUAUUAUCCUCAAACAGCGUUGUUAAAAGUCUUAAAUUUUUGUACGAAUACAUAUGAAACCGUGCAUAUUCGUCAAUUACGCGACAAAGCACGCGAAUUUCUUAUCAAUUACAUUGAAGCCGAAGAUGAACACACAAAUUAUGUCAAUAUCGGUCCAGUUAACAAAUUUAUCAAUAUGCUAUCCAUCUGGUACGCAAAAGGACGAGAUAGUAAACAGUUUCAUCAGCAUUUGACUCGUGUUGACGACUAUUUGUGGUUAAGUGAAGAUGGAAUGAAAAUUCAAGGCUACAACGGCUCACAAUUAUGGGACACUGCCUUUUCUAUCCAAGCUAUCUUAGAAACGGGCUUAGGUCAUUUAUAUAAUAAAUGUCUCAGUUCCGCUUAUUACUAUUUGGACAUUAGUCAAGUUUUAGAAGAUGUCAAAGAUUAUGUGAAAUUCUAUCGUCAUAUAUCGAAAGGUGGUUGGCCAUUUUCAACUCGUGAUCACGGCUGGCCUAUCACAGAUUGUACAGCUGAAGGUAUUAAAGCGACGUUAUUAUUGCAUGAGCAAAUGUCAAUUAGUCCACAUCGAAUUUCAUCGGAUCGAUUAGAAGAUGCAGUGAAUUUUCUUUUAAGUAUACAAAAUAAAGAUGGUGGAUGGGCAACAUAUGAACUACAACGUUCAACUGCUUGGAUAGAAUUAUUGAAUCCAGCGGAAGUUUUUCAAGGAAUUAUGGUGGAUUAUUCGUACACGGAAUGUACAUCUGCUUGUGUUCAAGCGCUUUGGAAAUUUCGUGCACAAAGUUAUUUCGCCAACCAUCGACGAAAAGAAAUCGAUGACGCUAUUCAACGUGGAAUCGAAUUCAUCAAAGGCAAACAACGACCGGAUGGUAGUUGGUAUGGCAGUUGGGCGGUAUGUUUCACUUAUGGAACAUGGUUUGCUAUCGAAGCUUUAAUUACUGUUGGAGAAUCUCCAAACUCGAAAUUUAUUCAAAGAGCGGUGCAAUUUCUACUUUCAAAGCAGAAUGCCGACGGUGGCUGGGGUGAAUCCUAUUUAAGUUGCGUACACAAAACAUAUGUUCCGCAUAAACAUUCACAGGUAGUGAAUACGGCAUGGGCAGUUCUAUCAUUAAUAUUGGCUAAAGCUGAUAACAGUGCUAUUCGUCGCGGUGUACAAUUUCUUUUGAAGAAACAGUGCGCGAAUGGGGAUUGGAAUCAAGAAGCAAUUAGCGGUGUUUUCAAUGGUAACUGUAUGAUUAGUUAUACGAAUUAUCGAAAUAUUUUUCCAAUUUGGGCAUUGGGUAUUAUUUACUUCGUAUACAAUCAACAAAAGAAUCGAAUACGAACAAAUGUCAGUUCAGAUAAGCAAUAUGAACAUGCGAUUAUCAUGGGUGGAAGUAUUUCUGGUAUGACAACAGCUGCGUAUUUAUCGAAGUACUUCAAACGAAUUACCAUUAUUGAGCCGGAUGAUGUUCUGAAUGAAACUUUGAUGAACUCUACCGCUGAGGAGUUACUGGAUUAUCGUUGUAACUUGAAGAAUUCCAAUACAUUAGGUCGAUCGGGUACGAGUCAAAGUUAUCAGAUUCAUGUUCUACAAGGGGAAGGUGGAAAGAUUCUGUUUGAUUUAUUUCCGAACUUGAAAAAUCGAUUAAUUAACGAACAUGGUGCUAAAGUUGUUUCAUUGAAGGAAAACUUUCGUUUCGUUAUCGGUGAUGUUUUGUUAAACAAGAACUUAACUGAGGAUCUUUCAUGGUUUUGUAUCGAUCGUUUUACAUUAGAAACGAUUAUACGACGUGAAUUAUGUUCAUCAUUCAAUCAACAAACAAUUCAAUGGGUGUGCAAUACUCGGGUCAGCCGAUUGAUCGUUGACCGAUCAACAAAUGCUGUUCAAGGUGUUCGAUACCGUUCAAAGACGACUUCAGAUGAACAAGAAAAUGUGCUAUACGGUGAUUUCAUCGUUGAUUGUACAGGACGAUUUAGUUCAUCAAUCAAAUGGUUGAAACAAGAUUUUGAUUUAACCAUUCCGACUGAACAAUUACAUGUUGGAACAGGUUACGUUUCAUUCGUUGGUGAACGAUUCAAAACAGGAAAUUCAACAUUAGAUUCCAUUCACGUCGGUGGCAAUGCCGCACAUGCUCCACAUCAUAAUAAAGGUUUUCUAACGACGCCCAUUCGUCAGUUGAACACGUCGGAUCGGAACUCAUUAGGUUUAUUAUCAAAUUUUGCUGUCUACUGCAUCAACAAUGAAUAUCCUCCGAAUGAUACCUAUGAAAGUCUCUUAGAAUGGGUCAAAGAACAUCUGCCGAAUGAUUACUAUCUGAUGCUAAAAUCGACUAAACUAAUCGGCCCAUUACUUCCUUAUCGGCGUGCGUUCGAUGAUCGAAAAUACGUCGAGUCCGUUGGUCGACGAUGGCCUCGAAACUACGUUCUUGUCGGCGAUGCUAUGUGUGUUUUCAAUCCAAAAAAUGGACAAGGUAUGACACAUGCAUGUCGGCAAGCACGACAAUUGAACGAAAUCUUCAGCCGAAAGUAUUCAUUAGAAGAAAUUCCUUAUGUCUACAACCGACAAGCUUCAUCAAUUAGCGAGGAGUGUUGGCUCGGUUCAAUUACCAACGAUUGGGCAGUGCCAAGUUUAAAAUUAGUCAAAACAGAUAAAAACGGUCAGACAAAAACAUACCAACGAACUGAUGACCCGACGUUGAACUGUCUACCGCCGCAGAUACCUUUAUUCAUGCAAUUUUUGCAAUGGUAUACUUAUUGGUUAAUUAAAUGCGCAGCCUACUCCGGAGAAUUAACAACUGCAUUUAUUCACGUUGUUUUCCAAGAGAAAACUCCGUAUUCGUUAUUGAAACCGAGAUUUUUCUUUCGAAUUCUGUUCGCCUCGAUUUUAGAUUCUUUCAACUUAACCAAACAAUUUUUAACGUCGUAG